AUGGAGGGCAUAGGCAGCGGCUGGGCAGCUGAGCUCACACCCCCAUGCGUGAUGCUGCAUGAUGUGAAUGGGAGUGACAGCGGUCAGGUCUUUGAAGUGGCGCUGCACAACAGCUCCUCCAAGCGCAGCCCCCAGUUUGUGGGCGUGGAGCUGCUGCAGUCCUUCAAGCCGCUCAUCAUCCCCUGCUACACCCUGGUGGCCCUGGUGGGGGUGUUCGGCAAUUAUCUGCUCCUCUACGUCAUCUGCUGCACCCGCAAGAUGCACAACGUCACCAACUUUUUCAUCGGGAACCUGGCCUUCUCCGACAUGCUGAUGUGUGCCACGUGCGUCCCCUUCACGCUGGCGUACGCCUUCAACCCCCACGGCUGGGUGUUCGGGCGCUUCAUGUGCUACCUGGUCUACCUCAUCCAGCCCGUGACGGUAUACGUGUCAGUCUUCACACUCACUGCCAUCGGUGUGGACAGAUACUACGCCACAGUGCACCCUCUGAAAAAGCGCAUCUCGGUCUUGGCGUGCACCUACCUCCUGUCCGGGAUCUGGCUGCUGUCCUGCAGCCUGGUGGCCCCGGCUGUGGCUCACACCUACCACGUGGAGUUUAAGACCGAGGGCUUCACCAUCUGCGAGGAGUUCUGGAUGGGCCAGGAGCGGGAGCGGUUGGCCUACGCCUACAGCACCCUCUUCAUCACCUACGUCCUGCCCCUCUCCGCGCUCUGCAUCUCGUACUUGUGCAUCUCUGUUAAGCUGCGGAACUGUGUCGUCCCCGGCCACCACACCCAGAGCCAGGCGGAGGCCCAGCGCAUGCGCAAACGCAAGACCUUCCGCCUGGUGAGCCUGGUGGUGGCGGCGUUCGGCAUUUGCUGGUUGCCCAUCAGCGUGUUCAACGUUCUGCGCGACAUUGACAUCGACCUGAUAGACAAGAGGUACUUUCUGCUCAUCCAGCUGCUCUGUCACCUGUGCGCCAUGAGCUCGUCCUGCUGUAACCCGUUCCUCUACGCCUGGCUGCACGACCGCUUCCGCUCCGAGCUGCGCAAGAUGUUCACGUUUCGCCGUCGCAUUGGCAUCUCGGCCAAUAACUGUGCCACAGCCAGCGUGGUUCUGUAA